AUGCAGGGUGGCAAGAAGGGUCGAGGACCCAAGGCAUCUGCCAGGGGAGCUCCGCCCGGAGAUCCCAAUAAGGAACGACUGCUGUACAUGUUAACUUGCCUGACUGGCCACAUUGUGACGGUGAAGCUGAACAAUGGCCAGAUCUGGGAGGGGAACUUCCACUCUUGCUCCAGCGAAGGAGACAUUUCCAUCACCCUGAAGACGGCAAGACAAGUCCCCUCCGGUCGUGGAAAGAGUGGAGAGCCCUUGGAGACCAUGGUCAUCUACGGCAAGGACUUCGCACAGGUCUCUGCCCGGAACAUUCCGCCGAUGGAGCCGAAGUCCAGUGCCAGCGCCUUCAAGACCGAUGCAGAGAUAGCGGAACCCUGGGGUGAUACCCAGAACCGCGAGUUAGUGGCGUGGUCCGCAGGUGGAAACCAAGCAAAUCCUGCGGGAGUUUCCAUGAGUUUGGACUCCACCCGACAGAUUGGGACGUGGAACCAGUUCGAACGGAACAAGGAAAUGUUCGGCAUCACUAGCACAUACUCCGAGGACUUGUACACCACCAAGUUGGAUCCCAGCAAGAUCCCGGAGCAGAAGAGGAAAGAUGCUGAGCGAAUUGCAAGGGAAAUUGAGAGUGGUCAGAACUACAGCAAAAUAGAGGAAGGCGUUGCGGAUGAUGUGGACGAAGAAGCACAGUUUAGUGCUGUGGGGCCACAUCGGGAUCCGAUCCAUGCGCCUUUGACCAUGGAGAACGUCUCACAGCACGACGCCGCCUCGGCGGAGCUGCACGGAGACGUCACGCCCGGCGACGUUUUGUCGAAAACCGGUGAGAUCUGA